CUUUGGGGGGUGACACGUUUCUUGUCUUUGGCGCCCAAAGACAAGAAAUGCUCAUUCUCAUCCGGAUGAGAAGCGCCGCUCAAUACAAAAUAUGAGAUGCCCGGAAUCUUGAUUCACUGGCUUCUUUGCUGUCUCACCAUCGACACCCAGGCCCGAAGUGUUUGGGCCUACUUUGAGUCUCCGACCUCGUCUACUCUGGAUCCUAUCGUGUAAACACAUGUUACGGCGUAUUUGGGUGGAGAAGGGAAGUGGGGCCAAGUGGAUAGCAAAGACGAUGAGAGAUGGAUGCAUUAUUGGACAUGUCUUAUUAUAGAACGACGAUGGGGAAGACGCCAAAUUUUUGAUUUUUGAAGAGGUUAUUGACAAGGGGCAGACGUCCAACGAGACUGACUUGUCUUUAGAGCUUCAGGUGAUCGGUCCGAGUUGUGGAAAUAUGGCACGGCGUUACUCUGCUACUCUCUUAGGAGCUGUCAGAAACUGUGGCGAAUCUCAAAUUGGAAGGUGCUGCGCAGCCCAGAAUGGUGGAGUUUUGCAAAAUCGGGGGGACCUUCAGGGUCAUCCCAAACUUAUCGACCAAGCGGUGGCGGCGUUCAGGCGGUCGGUAAGCUCGUACGAAGGGAAUGGUGGUUCGAAGAUUCCAGAGCGUGUCGGAGGAAAGGACAGAUUGAUACUUCGCGGGGGGAAGUUUCAUGGUUAUCACGGUGUCCUCGAGGAGGAGAAGAGACUGGGACAGAAAUUUCUGGUGGACGUGGAUGCAUGGUUAGAGCUUCGAAAGAGCGGCAGCUCCGACGAUCUGAACGACUCUGUCAGCUACGCGGACCUUUUCAGUAUCGUGCAGAAGAUCUUGGAAGGUCCGAGUUUUGAUCUGGUAGAAAAAGUUGCUACUGAGAUAGCUCGCGAGGUGUUAGUGGCACAUCCGCUCGUCACGGACGUGCGUGUCAGGGUUUUAAAAUGUGCCCCACCGGUUUCAGGCUUUGUGGAUAGAUUGGGCGUCGAAAUCUUUCGAACCUCUUCGGAUUUCGUCAGCAGAAGUUAGUCGAAUUCACAGUGAUGUCCUCUGCUAUCAACAGUGGAGCGAUUAUAAAUCCAGGAACCCACAAAGAUAAGCUCGAAGAAGACAAACCCGGGAUGCCUUACUCUGGAUUCGAACUUCCUCGAUAAGGAGCCCUCAGCAUGUGGGGAUCGAUCGAUCAUUUCAGCGUCCAGCAAAUGACCUAUAGUGCGGUUUGAGUGGCUGGCCACGCCCAAUACUUGACAAAAUAUCAGGCGGUAUCAACCUUCACACUUGUUCACGGUAUAUUCUUUUUGAUUAUAAAAUGAGGAGAGAACUGGACUUGACCUUUGUCGGCGAAUUGCAAAUUUUUUAUGAAAGCAUGAAAUGAUGUUUGUACAGUCUCCCUCUCUAUCACAAGCAGCUCAGUCCUCUGCCUUCGAUUCCCUCCGGGGCAAUGCUACUGGCAGAACCCUGUAACUUCCUGGAAAUCUCCCUGGAAUCGUUCUACUCUGUUGACUUCC